GGAGAGUGCUUCGUUCUUGGGUCUACUUAAUUCCUUUUUUACAUUUGGUUUGUGGCUUUCCUUUUCCUUUUUUUUUUCCCACCCCAUUAACUGUUUCAUCCGAGUUCCAGAUCGAACAAGCAGUCGUAGGUGGAGCACACCUCCCAUCUGUGGGAGGGGGGGAGUGAGUCGGGCUUUCUUGAAUUCACCCCCGGGUUACUUCUUUUUCCUGACAUUGAUGGGAAGAUUGCACCUUUCCUGAUCCUCUUCCUCUUUCUUUUCCUAACGAAGACGGAAGACUCUCAUCUAAGUACCAUUACUAGCAGCUGAUGGGUUUUUGUCCAAUCAAUUUUCUGAAUUGUCAGUUCUACUAUUUUGUACUAUCUAAAGUUUCGACAACCGCAAAAAUAGUGUGGUUUUAGUUGAAAUUCUAGAUAGAGUUUCGAUUUCCUACAACACCAACCUUUUAGUUGAAAUUCUGGAUAGAGUUUCGAUUUCCUGGCGUGAAUCGUUCGAAUUAUCUCCCCAGUCAGUUGGAUUUUCCCCAUUUCAUUUCUGGUGUUCUGGUUUUCCCUUCGCCAUUUGCUACCCUUCUUGAUUUCCAUCGCCUACGUUGUUGGACCAAGAAUGAAAGUAUAGGGAGAAGCUUUUCCGUCUCCCUGGUUGCAGCUCAUUGAAUACUGUAUCAUGUUGUUCGACAAUCUACUCUAGCUCAAAAAGUGUGGUUUUUUUUGUUUUUUGUUUUUUGGCUGCACCAGAUGAUCGAUCAGUUUAUUAAUUUUGUAAUUCGCCCGCCCAGGGCUCAAUAUAACCCAGAUCAGUACUUGUGGGAGAAAGAUUUUACUCUUGCUGGCAGAAAAUACAAGAGACAAGACUUGGAGCUUAGGAACGAAAGUGGACAUACAUUACAGUGUAGCCAUUAUGUUCCUUCGCAUUUUCCAGAUGGAACUCCUUUACCUUGUGUUGUAUACUGCCAUGGAAACAGUGGAUGUAGGGCAGAUGCAAAUGAGGCUGCAGUAAUUCUUCUUCCCUCAAACAUUACUCUGUUCACCCUUGAUUUUUCGGGUUCAGGCUUAUCUGGUGGUGAUUAUGUUAGUCUUGGUUGGCAUGAGAAAAAUGACCUCAAGGUUGUGGUCUCGUAUCUGAGAAGCAAUCCAAACAUUUCACGCAUUGGUCUCUGGGGACGGUCAAUGGGUGCAGUGACUAGCCUUCUUUAUGGAGCAGAAGACCCUUCGGUAGCGGGAAUGGUGUUGGACAGUGCAUUCUCAAAUUUGUUUCACCUAAUGAUGGAACUUGUGGAUGUAUACAAAAUCCGGCUUCCUAAAUUUACUGUUAAGGUGGCUCUUCAAUACAUGCGGCGAGUGAUUCAGAAGAAGGCCAAAUUUGAUAUUAUGAACCUCGACGGCGUACAGGUUGCGCCCAGAACAUUUAUUCCUGCUUUGUUUGGGCAUGCUAAAAAUGACAAAUUUAUUCAGCCUCACCACUCAGAUCUAAUUUUUGGGUCUUAUGCGGGUGAUAAGAAUAUGAUCAAGUUUGAUGGCGACCACAAUUCCUCUCGACCUCAGUUUUAUUAUGACUCAGUAACAAUAUUCUUCUAUAAUGUUCUUCACCCUCCUCAACUUACACCUGCCCAUACAAGUAAAAAAGAGAAAUACUCUGAUUUGGGGGACCUCAAGGUCAGUGAUGAUCCAGAUGAGAAUCUGUUAUAUGAGAUCAUAGCUGGUCUUCAAAGUGUUGGCGCGGAUGCUUCUAGUUCAUCGUCUGCUCCCCCUGGCAUUUCAACAGCAAAGUCAGUGGGCGAACUUCUUUCUGAGAUUGCUCCAGUUGUGAGUGUACUUGAUUCACUGGUCAUUGAGGACAACCUAGUGAAUUGUGCUGAUUCAUCACAUGCACAGGACAAGCCCAGUGGCCAGAAUGAGGAGUCUUGCUCAUACACCAGUUCAAAUAGGGAAAGUUGGGGAAGAUGCUCAUCUCUUGGCAGUGAUGAUGAACCUUGCUUGGAUUGUACAGAUGAUGUAAGUGAUCAGUCAUUUCAGAGGACUCUAAAGGUGCUUGCUACACCUGUUCGAAGCGUCCGACAGACAGCAAUAGGUACAACACAUGAUGAAAAGAAUAAGAAGGCGGUUUCAACAACAAAAAAGAAAUCCAAACGUGACAAGUUUGAAAAGCUGGAGGCUCUAAGCCAACGUCUUCGUCUCUGCAUUCUGAAGAGAGUUAAUCAUAAGAGACACUGCUCCUCAUAACCACGUGGUAGGUGUAUAAUGCAAAUCUUCAUUAUUUUCCUUUCUUUGUAGCUGUGUUAGUGGCCGCCUAUCAUUCGUUCAUCUUUACAAGAACUUUGUAUUUCAUUGGUAACAAUGUAUGUAUAUACUCCCUGUUUUUAUUAAGUAGCUCAAAGUAAUUGCACAGUGCUGUUUGCUUUUCUUCCUAAGAACCAAGUAAUUGAGAGGGAGAACAAUAUUUGCCACUCUGACAUAUCAUGUAUGCAGUAUUCGCUGCUGGUUGCAGUUAAUUUUUGC